GAUGUUCCCCCCCCCCCUUUUCCUGGUAGUGUGACCCCCUGUUUGUUUAUUUUAGCCCACAAGUCCCCCCAUAUAAAAGCUGCCGCAUUGUCAUGCCAGAGUCAUUAUUACCCAGCAGACCAGCAGUGAGACAACUUAACAUAGUCAUAUAUUUCCUCCUACCUGGAGAGUGUCUUCCUAGCUGUUUCUUUUGUCUGCUAGUCCAGUCAUUGUUUAAAAAGCUAAAUCGCGACAUAAUCAUUGGAACCAGGUUUUUUUCUUAGUGAGUCAUUUUUCUACGUUACAUUUUUGGUGCCGAAACCCGGGAUGAUUAAUUUUCUUUAGGAAUUUAGCCAUUUAUGUUUUUUUAGCUGGGACAUUUUUUUUCUUCUUUGACAUUUUUUUAAUCGAAACCCACACAGUGCUUUUUGGUUAAUGAACUUGAGAAGUGCAGGGUGACUAAAACACCAUGACGGAGGCCCUGACUCCGCUUCAGUUGUGUGGGUUUGACCCACUGCCUGACAGUCACAAUCAAGUCAGAGAAAAUGAACCGACUGAUGUCAACCCACAGUCAACUAUUUUGGGACUGCUGCAACUUCAAGCCAGUAUGCAGCAAGUCAUCCUACAACAGUUCCAGGAAAUCAACGCACUGAAGGCAACGAUCUCUCAAGUGAUUGGUGAACAGCAACGGCAGAGAGACUACGUUCGCAGGCUGGAGUAUGCCCUGCACCACUCCAAAGUAGUUCCAGAAGCCUCACCGGUUCCAGAAAUCCCCAACCCACCGUCAGCUGCAGAGGUCCCCAUACCCCAAGUCCCCACGAAAGAGCCAGAGCCUCAGAUUCUGCACGCCCCUGAAGUCACCCCAAGAAGCCCUAGAGAAGUCCCUACCAUUGCCCCGACCGUUGGCCAGUCUAGCCAUGGUGAUGGAGGCACCAGAUGUGGACCAAGUCUACAGGCAGCCCAGCAGCAAGAUCCAGCCAUACAGAAGGUGGUGGAUAUGAAGCGGGCCAGUCCGAGGAGGAUCAGCCGUAGAAAGAUGGCCCAUCAGCCAAAAGUGGUACAGAGACUUCUUCAACAAUGGGAUUGUUUGGAGGUGAAAGGUGGUGUUCUUUUCUUCAGGACAGGGCGCGGUACUCAAGCCAGGUACUUAACUGUACUUCCUCGUGGUAUGAGGGAAGACAUCUUCCGGCAUCUCCAUCACAACAUGGAAACAUGCAGCUAUGGACAAGUGCUAAAGGUUGUGCGUCAGCGGUACUUUUGGCCAAGUCUACAUAAUGAGACAAUGGGAUACAUGCGGCAGCAUUUGAAGCGAGUGAGACAGCAUGAGGUGUCAACCGCAGUCUCGCCUCCCAGUGGAUUCCAGGACGAACCCUCCCCAGUUCUCCCUUCACACGAAUCCCAAGACAAGCCUUCUCCAGCCUCUCCCCCACAUCAGCUAGUUUCCAGUCUUCACACGAUCACCACCAGCUACCCCAGGUUCGGUUGAAGAUGACUGUCUCUCUAGCUCCGACGAAUCUGUGGAGAUUUUCACUAGACCUAGGCGUAUAAUCCGAUCACCAGUCCGAUUCUGAGAUUAAUUAAUUUUGUAUAUAGAAGUAUUUUUGUAUGUAAUUUUUUGUGUGUUGUCAGGAGCCAACAUUUUAAAGAUGGCGUGAGUGUGGCAGUGCCAAGUUUUACUUGUGUAUUUUGAUAGUGUAUUAACUAGGAGUAGCUCCCCUUAGAAAAAGAAAAUCAUUUUUGUUUUAGUUUGGAUGUUCCCCCCCCCCCUUUUCCUGGUAGUGUGACCCCCUGUUUGUUUAUUUUAGCCCACAAGUCCCCCCAUAUAAAAGCUGCCGCAUUGUCAUGCCAGAGUCAUUAUUACCCAGCAGACCAGCAGUGAGACAACUUAACAUAGUCAUAUAUUUCCUCCUACCUGGAGAGUGUCUUCCUAGCUGUUUCUUUUGUCUGCUAGUCCAGUCAUUGGUUUUUAGUUCAUUCCUGUGCUUUUAGAGUCAUUUCCUUUAGUGCUGUGUGGGUUUUCCUUUUGUUUUCUCCUUUUUUUUUCUUCUUUGGGUUUUAUUAUU